ACAGCGAGGAACAGCUGCAGAGCCGAGCACCGUCCCUCACUCAUCACUGCUGGGCUUCAACACUAAAUUAUACUUUAAUAUACACACAGAUAUAACUGCACACUUUCAUAUAGACCGUAGACUCAACAUUAACACAUUCAACAUGGUCGACCGCGAGCAGCUGGUUCAAAAAGCACGACUAGCUGAGCAGGCGGAGAGAUAUGAUGAUAUGGCAGCAGCCAUGAAAUCGGUAACAGAGCUGAAUGAGGCUUUGUCCAACGAGGAGAGGAACCUCCUUUCUGUGGCCUACAAGAAUGUGGUGGGUGCCCGGCGCUCCUCCUGGAGGGUGAUCUCCAGCAUCGAGCAGAAGACCUCAGCCGACGGCAACGAGAAGAAGAUCGAGAUGGUCCGCGCCUACCGCGAGAAGAUCGAGAAAGAGCUGGAGACCGUCUGCCAGGACGUCCUGAGCCUGCUGGACAACUACCUGAUCAAGAACUGCAGCGACACCCAGCACGAGAGCAAAGUCUUCUACCUGAAGAUGAAGGGCGACUACUACCGCUACCUGGCCGAGGUGGCGACGGGCGAGAAGCGCUCCACGGUGGUGGAGUCGUCCGAGAAGGCGUACAACGAGGCCCACGAGAUCAGCAAGGAGCACAUGCAGCCCACGCACCCCAUCCGCCUGGGCCUGGCGCUCAACUACUCCGUCUUUUACUACGAGAUCCAGAACGCGCCCGAGCAAGCGUGCCACCUGGCCAAGACGGCGUUCGACGACGCCAUCGCCGAGCUCGACACCCUCAACGAGGAUUCCUACAAAGACUCCACGCUCAUCAUGCAGCUCCUGCGGGACAACCUGACGCUGUGGACGAGCGACCAGCAGGACGACGAGGGCGGCGAGGGCAACAACUAAACGCCACUUCUCUUUCUCUCUCUCUCUCUCUCUCUGUCUGUGCAGAAAAAGCGAUUAAAAAAGUAUGGCCGGUG